UGUUUAGUCUGUAUUUUUUAUUCCAAUGAUAUUACAAUCAACUUAACAAGAUUUUCGAGUUUAUUUAAACGUUUAUAUUCUUGCAUUUAUGCAGUACCUAAUUAAAAUAAUAUAAAUGAAUAGACUUAACAGAAUAAACAGAUUCCCUGACAAAUAUGUGUCGAACAGUUCACGCUGUAUUACAAACCGGAAUAUGCGGCGUACAAAUGCUGGUGCGGGUCUUCAUGACCCUAAUUUUAAUGAUCGAGAACGUCAUCAGAAUGGUGCUACAGACCAUAUAUAAUUUCAUAUCGUUCAUGCUCCAAAUGAUAUCCCUUUUACCCAUUUGCUUUGUGUUCUUACUAACUGCGAGACUCAAAUGUUUUAUGUGCGGAGGCGGCGGACCAUGUCCGGUCAAUAGAGGAGGCACAUGUGACUGUCUGAUGUCUGGACUUGCUAUCGUUAUAGUUUUCUUAAUAUUUAGAGCCACUGGUGUUCUUGAUAAGAUUUUCUACAGCCUCGGGUAUGCUAAAGCCAAGCCUUUGGUUGCUGCGAGAUUCGUACCCACUCCAGGAGAUAUCACAGAGUGUUCAAGGAACGACACGGAUACAGAUCAAGACCUGAUGACGUCGUCUACUUUGAAGAUGGAUGGUAAUAAUUACGUAGACACUACUGGUGACUUAUCGAGUUUAGAUAUGUACGAAUCUUUAACCAGCUUUCCCAUCACUAAUUUGACGACCACAUUGUAUUAUUUCCAAUGAUUGUUUAAUGUUUUUUAUUUUAUAUUAUACAAUAUAAACAUGUAUAAAAUUAAACCACU